AUGACUGACUGUAAGAUUGCAGAGAACGUGGUGGUCCUGAUACAGAGAGAAAAGGUGUACAAAGCCCAUAAGCUGUUUCAGGGAAAGAAAGUCCAGUUUGACAAGCUGUCCUUCUUCCCCGACGGUGCCUUGGGGUGCUACUAUGGCAGUCAAUUCGAGGUUCACCGUCAACAGCUGGUUCUGGUUCAGGAGAAUGAGACACAGGGUGAAGGUGGGGGCUCAGAGUGCGGUCAUGACAACAGAGAAAUAGUGGACGAUGGGUCCGCACAGGCCCUGAAAGAGGGAGCCAUCCUCAAACUCAGGGCUGAAGGUCGAGGAAAGGAAGUGGUGGGAACUGUGGUAGAGCACAGUAACUCCUUCAAAAUCAAGACCAAGUUCUCACAAGAGAAAUACAUCAACAAGAAAAGGAAAAAACAUGCUCCAGUCAUCACCAUCCUAAAGCCGUCCACACGCACCCUGUGUGAAAUGUAUUACUCCAGAGGCCCCUCCAAAAUCUGUCACAUGAGACCUGACACUGUCGCUCAAAUUCUCACCUACUCCAAUGUACAUCCACAUUCCAACAUGGUAGUCAUGGAGACGACCCAGGGUCUGUUGCUAACGGCGAUGCUGGAGAGGAUGGGAGGACUUGGCAACCUGGUGCAGGUUUUCUUUGGCGAUUUUCCAGUCAAGUUGGCAGUGGAGAACUCAAGUCAUCUAUCACAGCUGGACAAGUCACCUCUUCUAGAGUACCCACUCCACCGCAUUGGGUCCAGGUUCCCUCCCGUCCUCCAGUCUUCUGUACUGUCUCGGAUGAGGUGUGGGGCGGAGGGCAGCUCUGGAGCCACUUUUCCUCUUGAGGGACCUGUGGAAGAGACUGACCACCAUCGAGGGACAGAGGAGACAGCAGGGCCAGCUGGUAGCCAGACGUCGUCCCCUGACAGUGGCACGGAUCGUGAUUCUGAGGGUAAGUUAGCUCCCCAGCCCCCCAAGAAGGCCAAGCUGUCAGGCAGUACUGAAGGUCUCAGCCUGAGUGAGGAAAGAGCCUGCGAUCGAACUAGUGAUGGAGUUGCACCGGCUGGGAAUAGAGAGGAACGUGAGAGACGUCGUCAGGAGCGUGAGGAGAGAUAUGCCACUGCUGAGAAACUCCUGAGACAAAAGAGAAUGGAUGGACUGGUGUUGGCAUGUCGGUUCCACCCAGAGCCAUUGCUGACUGCUCUCCUGGGACUUCUGGCCCCUUCAAGACCUGUAGUAGUCUACUGCCACCUACUGGAGCCACUCAUUGAUUGUUACAAAACCCUAAAGCAAAAAGAAGACGUGGUGUUUGAUGUUGAAAUCAUGGUGAAGAUGGCGGGCAGUGAGAUGUACGAGACAAAGACUCUGGACAGAGUCAAGAGGAAACUGAGGCAGCAGGCGCGGGAGCAGGAGGUGAGGGAGGAGGCGCGGAGCAGAGCUGGCUCCAUUGACACACUCUACACCGGCACUAAAGUCAGGAACAUCCCUGAGUUCAGUCUGAGGGUGGUCACCAGACCCAUGGGUCCAGCUCUCCCACCUGCCAUAAUGGACCUGGAUGUGGAGGCAGUGCGGGGCUCCAUGGACCAACAGCUCCAACUGGGCAGGAAGCCUCAGCUCAGCUCCCGGGCCAGACAGAGACUCAGCAUCAAGUCCAGGAAGAAGCUGCCACUGGGUCCCUCCUCGCUGGCCGAGCAGGGGGGAGAGGGAGCUCGCAAGGUCCUCUCUACGAGAUCUGUGUCUCCUCCAGCCAGCAGAGAGAGGGGGUCAGAGGUUGAGAGGGUCAGUCAGGACCAGAGUGAUGCAGGCACAUCAGGUCCCUCACAGCCCCAGCCGCCUGCCCUGAGUGUGACAAUGUCAGACUCGUGUGAACCUCUCAGACCUCUACAACUAACAGCCUCCACCUCAGCCGUGGAACUGAGACCACCAGGAGUACUGACACGGACCAGGGACUCUGCUCUCAGUACGGACUCAGGACUCGGUGGGGAAUUCCCCUCCCGGGACAGCGCCAGCCUCAGUCUCCACGAGAAUCGUCUGGGGCCAGUUGGGGAGAGAGGGCAGCGAGGGACGGCCGAGUCAGGGAGACUGGGUCUGAGGCAGGCACACCGCAAGUCCAUGCUCCUGUCUGAGCUGUGUGUGGUGAGUGUGUCUCUCCCAGCUGACGUGGCACAGGGUCAGAAGGGGAGGGGAGCCGUCCUCAAGUGCCGGUUCUCUCCCUACACACAGAUAGAGUGCCUCCGCGUCGCCCUCCUCAAGCAAUUCCACGAGCGGUACAAGGUUCAUGUCCAGCAGUUGUCUAAUCUCCAUCUCUGCCACUACCUGGAGGGAGAGGAGGGGUGGGAGUGGCUUGAAGAGGACCACGCCCUCCAUACCUACCAGCUGCCAACUGAGCUAGCGGUUGUGAUCAUGUUGCCUGCUACAAGGCUGAGACAGGGGAGGAAGGUCUGGAGCAAGAGUUGUGUUGAACUGGCCGUGUUAGGGACUGGGGAACUGGAAGGCUACAAGGUGCAGGUCCCCAGACCAGCUGAGACCUGCGACAGGGAGCGGAGGAGAGCCAGUGCCGACUCCCUGGAGAGUGGCUAUGGGACAUUCAGUCUCUCCGACUGUGACCUGGAGCCGGCUGCUAGCCCCGCCCACUCUGCUCCCCGCGGUGGACCCAAACGCCCCUCUUGUCCAGUCACCAACACCAGCCCUGUGGCCAAGUCGACUAAGAAGAGGAGGAGCCUCAGACGUAGUUUUGGCAGGACGUACAGCAUGAGGAACAAGACUCAGGAACGUCGACACAGCACUGCCACGAGACAGAGCUCUAGGCUCAGUUUCGGUCGAAGUUUCAGUGUUAGAAGUGACACUAGCAGUCCCCGCAGGAGAGACACAGUGGUCCAUCCGAAGGCCAAGUGUAAGUUGGAGCUGAAACCUCUGGAGCCGGCGUACCGGAGUGUGCGAGUGGUGAUCCCACAUCUGGAGUGUGAGAUGACUGUGGAGUAUGACCAGUUCAGCACGGUCUUCGACGUCCUCCACCAGGUCCUCAGUAUGGCCAGUCCUCCGCUCAACGCUGCCCAGGGCUACUCUCUCUACCACGUACGACUGAGAGCCAAUUUGGAGGUGGGGGAGAGCAUGGUACACUACCAACUACUGCCAUCUGAUGUCCUGGAAUGCAGAUUGUCAGUGGGAAGGAUGCAGACUGUCAUUCUGACUGUCAAGAUACCCAACAUCCACAGCUCCAGAAAGGUCAAAGUCUGUCUGGACGAGACCGUGGGAGAACUAAUCAGUACCCUGAUGAGGAGAGUUCCUGACCCAGAGACCAGGAGGCAAACACCACAAGCAGAUGUUCUGGAGUUCAAGCCCAAGUUCCGACCAAUGGAGUUCCAGCUACGGGUGUACCCUCACGACCACAGCGGGGACCUGGACAGGCCCUACUACACCACGGAGCUCCUGGUGUCGCAGCAGACUCUGGUCUCUGAGGUAGUCCGACUCCUCUGUACCACCGCCCAAUCCGUGAGAGUUGAGAGGUCUAUUCUCACCUCUCACAGCUCACUGGAGUACGACCCUCGCUUCUACGGCCUCUUUCUCCAUGACGACGUCCAGUUGCCAAGCGAUGCGUCCAUGUGGGACCACCUUGACGAGAUUACUCCUGCCUAUCAGGACUCGUUAGUGAUGCACAUGCUCCACAAGCCAAUUCGAGUAUCAUUUGACAGAGAUCUGGAGAGCUAUUUCUCUCUGCUGGUGGACUUCAGUCAGCCAUGUCAGGUGGUGAGGGACAUCCUCUGCCGCAGGGGAGUGGUGGAACAGGAACAUGUGAAUCUGGUGAUAGUGGGGACAGGGGAAUUGGUCUCACCUUUGACCUCCAUUGGUGGCUCCGUAUCUGGCGGGGGUACGAGGUCUAACCCCGCGUCCCCUGCGCCUGUGGCUGACGACAAGAGACAGUCCAUCAGCUCCAUGGUGGAAGACCUGGAGUUUGUCAAGACCUUCCUGUUCACCUACCAGGCAUUCACCACUCCAGAGAAACUGCUCAGGAAACUCAUCGAGCGAUACAACGUGGUGUGUCCCGAGGGGAUGCCCCUGAAGGAAUUUGAUCCACUGCAAGAUGCAGUCCUGAGGUUUGUGAUGAUGGUGCUGACUGUGGACCAUUCCAAGUUCUGCAAACCUCUUCGCAACGCCAUCCUAGUCUUGAAGGGUGUUAUUCAGAAGAGGAACCUGAAGACAUUCCGUGAGCCGUUGCCUCCAGUCAAGUUCCCAGACACCCCGUCUGCCGUUCUGAGUGUGUUUGACUUUGACCCCGAGGAGAUCGCACGGCAAAUGACUAUCAUCGACUUCAGCCUCUUUGCCAGGAUCAAGCCUUCUGAGCUGCUCAACCAGGCAUGGCAGAAACCAAAGUACAAAGGUCGAGCUCAGAACCUGUUGCGACUGGUGGAGAGGAUGAACAACUUGACUCUGUGGGUGGCCACUACCAUCCUCUCUCAGAGGGAUGUUCAAGAGAGAGCUCGGAGAAUAACUGACUUCAUGUUUGUUGGAGAACAUCUCCACCGACUCCACAACUACUGCACACUCCUCUCCAUCCUCAAUGGGCUGGCUCAUCCCGCCAUAACGCGACUCAAGAAGAGCUUCGCCAAGUGUGACAAGGUCACAUCCCGCAAGAUGGAGGACCUGCAGCAGCUGGCCAGACCAGGGGAGAACUUCAGGCUCCUCAGAGAUGAGCUCAAGAAGGCCAGCAACCCAUGCAUCCCAUACCUGGGACUUUACAUGUCUGACCUCACAUUCCUGGACAAUGGGAACCCCAAUUUCCAUGGCGACGGGCUCAUCAAUUUCUCCAAGAUAAGCCCUACAACUUUGAGGAGGUCCCUGCCCUCCACGACAGCCUAA